AUGACUUGCUCUUUCUUACUUGAAGCUACAACAAAGGAUGAUGAUGAAACUAAACCAGCUAAGAUUCUGCAAAUCGAUUAUAACACCAUCAAGCUCGCAACUGAUAACUUCUCUGAUGCAAAUAAACUUGGACAAGGAGGAUUUGGGCCAGUGUAUAAAGGUCGGCUUCCCGAUGGACAAGAAGUUGCUAUGAAAAUGUUGUCUAGGCAUUCUAGGCAAGGAGAUUUAGAAUUUAAGACUAAACAAGCUUUUUUGAAUUGGAUAGUACGAUACAAGAUUAUAAGGGGCAUUGCUCGUGGUCUACUUUAUCUUCAUCAAGAUUCAAUAUUACAUAUUAUCCAUCGUGAUCUUAAAGCAAGCAAUAUUCUCUUGGAUGAUGAAUUAAAUCCUAAGAUAUCAAAUUUUGGCACUGCGAGACUAUUUAAGGCAGAUCAAACUCGAAGCAAUACUAAUAGAAUUGUGGCAACCAGUGGUUAUAUGGCCCCAGAAUAUGUCCUAUACGGUCAAUGUUCAGUAAAAUCAGAUGUAUAUAGUUUUGGCGUAUUGGUUCUAGAGAUUAUAAGUGGCAAGAAAAACAGCUGCACCUUUCAUGUAGAGAAUACACAGCAUCAUCUGGACCUAUUAAGUUUUGUAUGGAAAAAUUGGAAGGAAGGGACAACCUCAAAUAUAGUAGAUCCUGUGAUAAGCAAUGGUUCAAGAAAUGAAAUAAUGAGAUGUAUUCACAUUGCAUUGCUAUGCAUUCAAGAAAAUACAGCUGAUCAACCAACUAUGGCCUCAGUCUCAUUUAUGCUGAAUAGUUUCUCUUCCUCUCUCCCUGUGCCUUCAAAACGUCGAUUUCUUGUGAAUUAUAGCAGUUCAUCUGAGAUGAUGACUUUGAGACAUAAUAGUUUAGAGGCCACAAGGGCAAGUGAACGAGGAAGAAACUCUAAUCAAUCAUCAUGA